GUCAAUGUCAACUUGUCAAGUUGAAAUGAAAACGUGAAAUCGUAUCUCGUGUGCCGCUUUAUUUAUUUAUCGUAAAUUUGGAUUUUUUUUGACUCAUUUGUUACAAUAACUUAUUGAUUCAAGGACUAGGGAAGUAAGAACCAGUCCUUCUGCCUUAUUUCCGGCGCUGCGGGAAUAGCAACCCCUCAGCCUUUGCGUGACAAAGUCACAAGCAUGACUCCCCUUCACAUCUUCCGCUUGUUGGCAUGAUGCUUGCGGCUUUGUCACAGCAGGCGGGGGCUGCUCUGUCAACUGCCACUAAGUUAUUUCACCAACCUCCUAGCUCAGAAACAAUAAAAUAUGUUUGUGCCUUUUGAAAGAACAACAAAUAAAAAUAAAGAAUAUUUAUAUAACAAUGCUCAUAUUUUAUAUUAUUUCAGAAAGUAGAAGAAUCAUGAUCAUUCCUGUGCGAUGCUUCACUUGCGGCAAAGUGAUAGGGAAUAAGUGGGAGGCAUACCUUGGCUUGUUGCAAGCAGAAUACACAGAAGGUGACGCAUUGGAUGCGCUCGGCUUGAAGAGAUAUUGCUGCAGAAGAAUGCUGUUGGGACACGUGGACCUCAUAGAAAAACUACUUAACUACGCGCCUUUGGAGAAAUAAAACAUCGUAUAAUAAGCACAUUAUGUUAAAUAGAAUAAUUCUAAUAUAAGUAAGUUAAGGCA